CAUUCCCACCCUUUCCCCAGGCUCCAUGGCGGAGAACGACGUGGACAACGAGCUGCUGGACUAUGAGGAUGAUGAAGUGGAGGCUGGGGCCGGGGGGGAAGGCCCCGAGGCGCCGGCCAAGAAGGAGGUGAAGGGUUCCUACGUGUCCAUCCACAGCUCCGGGUUCCGGGACUUCCUGCUCAAACCCGAGCUGCUCCGCGCCAUCGUGGACUGCGGCUUCGAGCACCCUUCUGAAGUGCAACACGAGUGCAUCCCGCAGGCCAUCCUGGGCAUGGAUGUGCUGUGCCAGGCCAAGUCAGGCAUGGGCAAGACGGCCGUGUUCGUGCUGGCCACCCUGCAGCAGCUCGAGCCCGUCACCGGGCAGGUCUCGGUACUGGUGAUGUGUCACACGCGGGAGCUGGCCUUCCAGAUCAGCAAGGAGUAUGAGCGCUUCUCCAAGUACAUGCCCAGUGUGAAGGUAUCGGUGUUCUUCGGGGGUCUCUCCAUCAAGAAGGACGAGGAGGUGCUCAAGAAGAACUGCCCCCACAUCGUGGUGGGCACGCCGGGCCGCAUCCUGGCGCUGGCGCGCAACAAGAGCCUCAACCUCAAGCACAUCAAGCACUUCAUCCUGGACGAGUGCGACAAGAUGCUCGAGCAGCUCGGUGGGUACCGGGGGGGGGAAACACCAAAAUGGGGGGG